AUGGUAUUUAAAGUUAGCCAAUCUCUUGGUAUCCUGAUUCAAAAUGGAUUGACACCACUUAAAGAGACAGUUUUCAUUCUCUCUUUACAAUGUUUACCAAUUUCUGUACAAAACACUAAUAGUAAAAACUAUAGAUACUAUAAAUCUGACAAACCUACAUUGAUUAUGAUGGAUGAAUGUCAAAAGUGUUUUGAACUAGUCAAGCCCAAAGAAGAGUUGAUAGUAUUUUCAAAAAUGUUAAUGCAUAUUGAUUUUAAUCCAAAUAUUUAUGUAAUUUAUUUUUCAUCAUAUCAAUACUUCUCCUCUCCUUUGCAUAAAUUGGUUGAUAUUAAUGUAAAGGUCAUCCGUGUCAAAAAGUCACAAAAGACAAAGGGAUUUGGAUUCGUUGCCUUUACCAGUGCAGCAGACUAUAUCAAAGCCUAUAAAGAGAUGAAUGGAAAUGUAUUUUAG